UUUUAUUUUCCCCACCCUCCCAAAUGGUAUCUUUUUUGUGAAGCUAGUACAGUUGAAGGCUGGAGUUAGUAAAAGUGCAGGACAGACGGCAAUGUGAGAGGCAUUUGUUUUUAAAGACUGGCAACAACAACAAAAAAACACCAACUUGAUUUAAACAUCAGCUUUUGAAGAUGUGUUUUUAUUAACUACACAAACAUAUCACAGACUUGAUGGCAAUUUCAGAAUAGUGCACCAAUAUUGUUUGCAGAAGAAUGAAUGCGUUAUUUCUACUAAAGGUUUAAGUAGUUGAUCGUAAAAAUGCAUCCAGGAGUCUGUGCCUAACUGAAUCUGUGGAGAUGUUUUUUUGUUCGUUUCUCAGUCAGGAUCCACUGGGAUUGUUAAUUAUAAAGUAAUAAGAUAAGGAAGAACGUGAAUUAGUGUUAUAUUAGCUAUACACGCUUUGCUAAUUUAAUCAUAAAGAAGACGGACAUUCAGCUGGUUUAAGUCUGAUUCUGAUUACAAAAUCAUAACAUCAGAAGGAACGGGAAGAGGGCGAUUCUCAGUUUAGCUACGAAAGUGACCGGACUCCCUCCCUGACUUCCCUAGUGCUGAGUCUUAAGAAAGUACCAAAUCUCAGAGGGGCGCGUCUGGAGAGGAAACGACAAAAACACUGCUUUGUGUUGUCUGCGUUUUUAAUCAUACGUGCGGAGGACUUUUCCGUUCAAUGAGUUGGAUUUAAAACAGCACAAAGGACCUAUACCAUAUUGUUGGAACGUGGCUUAUUCUAUACCUUAAUUGUAUAUUUUUCCGGAUAAAUCAGUACUGUACGAGUAUAGCCAACUAAGAAUAUAUUUUUUUUAUUGAUAUUUUACUUUUUACUUUAACUUGACACAAGAUAAACUAUACAGCUCAUAUUGUUUUUCCCUAUUGUUUAUUUUUAAAUUAACUGUUUCCUGCGUUUGCCGUGAAGCAGGCUUUCUGAAAAAACACGUUUCUGAGUGCUGUUCUUAGCUGUUAUCGCAUUCGCCUUCUUCAUCUCUUACAUGUACGGUCAGUAAGGCGGUGAAAGCAGUAUUCGUUCUGGUUUUGUCCCGGAAUCAAUACGAUGGCUUCUUUGGGAGCCCAGAAAGUGCCCAAAAGUGAGAAGUUGGACGAGGCACAGGCGCUCGCGAGGAGCUGUGCGGGGAGACCCGACUUUCUGCCUUGUGACGGGCUCUCGAUGUGUGCCACACAUAGCCAUGGGAAGUGCUUUAAACUGCACUGGUGCUGUCACCUCGGCUGGUGUCACUGCAAAUACGUGUAUCAACCCAUGACACCAGUGGGGCAGCUGCCCAGCACCUCAGUCCCGGCUACACCUACUGAUCUCACAGACACCAUGGAUAUCGCUGUCUCGCUGACCGAACGCUUUCUAAAGACUGCCUCUUUCUUCCAGCCACCACCCUGCCCAGAGUCGCCCAAGUACUGCCUGAUCUCAGACCUCUUCAUUGAUAACUACCAGGUCAAGCGCAUCAACGGCAAGAUGUGUUACGUGCAGAGACCUCCCCCGCCACCGCCACCCCUCACACCGCAGCCCCAAAACCAAGAUGUCAGAUGGGCCGCAAACUGCAAACAGGCAGUCCCAGGUUCAGCGUCAGGAAAUGGGGCCAAUGAAAAGGUCAGCGUGCCCAAAAUGGACCACUGUUCCUCUCCGUCAAGCUCGGAGGAUUCUGGGAUUAAUGCGCUGGGGCUCCACUACAUGGAGUCUUGCGAUGAAAACUCGGAGGAUGAAGACGAUCUGAGUUCGGAUGAGGACUCCAGCCCUGGCAGUAUAUGGGACCAGGACGAGUGCUCCCUGCUCUCUCCCUCCAAAUCGACUGUGGAAAUCAUUGAAAAUAUAGAAACCACUGUGUAACUGACCCACAUCCCAUGGAACAGGUGGGGAAACAGUUUCUAGUUUUGCUACAGGGAGUUUUGCAAGCAAGAAAGGAGCUCUAGUGGCCCCUUGAAAGCCUCAAGGAUUUUCAGAAACUUCAGGUCCGGCAUUAUUACUCACCUACCACAAUUGUUUCUGAUGUGCUCACGUUGCUGUCUUGUUUAAACUCUUUUCAGUUGCUUAAACUCGCUGAUGGAGAGGAUAACCACGUGCCUCUUUGCUACUUCCUGUUUCUUGUGGACACAAUUCCAAGCAUGGUUUCUUGUUCACAGAUUCUAGCAUGGUCUUGUAUUUCCUACUAGUGUAUAUAUAUAAAAAAUAAAAACACAGAAAGUUUUAA